CUCCUGGCACGGGUAAAACGGAAUUUAUUAAUGAAUUAGUUCAUCAUUUAUAUCAGCAAUUUGCCAAAGAAAACCAACUAAUCCCACCCGUAAUUGAAGUCAAAGGGGCAAAAUUAAAAUCUGCCGGGGGAAUUACCGACCAACCUAGUCCGGACCAGAAAUUAAUCAGUAUUAUUAAACAUUAUAAAAAAGAAGUUUUUGGGGACGAAUUUAGCCCUGAACCUUACAUAGUUUUUGUGGAAGAAGCCGAUCAAGGAGUGGAUGUGAUGGGAGGGACCGGAGGUAAAAAGAAUUAUUUAUUAGAAGAAUAUAAAAAUUUUCUUUCUACUAGCCAAGAUAAAGCCGGCUUAGCCGCUGAGGCUCAGGACCCUAAUUCUAUUAUCAUUAUUGCCACUAAUAAUUUCGACCUAAUUGACCCCGCGGUAGUAAGAAGAGGCAGAUUAGGAAAAAAACUCAAUUUUAACUGA